UUGAGGGCUGCCACCCUCCCAACUGGAAAAGGGUAUUUCUUUUUAUUUUGGAUGUGAAAAAUGACAAACACCAAUUGGUUCUGGAGUAUACAAAUGCUAAAAAGGAAAGUAAGCAUAGUUAAUUAGGAGAACAAUUAUCUUCCAAAACUAGUAAUCAUCAAUAGCAAGUCACUUCUAUGCAUCCUACUUAGAUUUUUGCUAGUAGAUUAUCCCCUAAGCAACGGGAAUCCCCACACUAUAGGAGCAACGGCAAUUCCUCCAAUUGUCGACACUCUUAUACAGACUUUGAAAGCAUCAUGAAUUCCUUAUUGAGCACCAGUGAUAGUGUCAAUCAUGACAAUAUGGAGAGGAAGCCCACAUGUACAGAGACCUAGUGCCCCAUCUUCUUUACAACAUCACCAACAGUGGUCUCUUUGCAUUGUUGAGAAAUGAGACAAGAUUAUCAACGGGAUGGAUGACUGGCACACAAAACACCAGAUUUACCUGCCACUUUGACUACAGACUCCAUAUAUAUGGCUUUGCAGACUCGUUUGAUAUUAAAAGGCGCAUGUUUUUCUCUAAGACUGCAAUGCUCAUCCAUCAGAUUCAGGCAUGUAAACUAGAAACUGAUGCAAUUAUGUCUGUUAAUGUAAAUUAUGGCGGCAAAGAGGUCAUAAGCAAUUAAGCAUUACUUAACAUCUCUACAGUCUCUCACUAAUGUCUCAGAACCAGAGGAGGUCAUUACUAAUUAGCUAACUAAAAGCAUAAUUAAAUCUGUUAACUAUUUUGGAAGGAAAAGGGAAAGUUCACUAUUCUGCAAAUAAGCAUUAUAAGAAAAAGUUGGCUACCAAAUAUAAUAUGAACCCCAAAAUUGGUUACCAAAUACUAAAACAAUGUUAAUGACUGAUAAUGAAGGCAUUUCCCAUUCUUAAGCAACAAGAAAUUCAUCCAGCAAUACGCCUCCAAGUUAAUUAUUAAAUCAAAUUAUUAUCUAAAAGUGCAGAUUGCAAUUAAAUAGUUUAGCAACUGUAAGAAACCUGCACAAAGUAAAAAAGAAAUAGAAAGCUAGGGAGCAUACAUAACUUGAAACUUCAAUUUUGUUUUGCCAUGAUUUUAGAUUAUGUUUUUCAUGUAAUGUCCUAGAAAGUAGUUAUCACUACCUAAUAAAAGAAAAAUCAGGAAGCAAUUGUAAUGUUCGAGAUAAAUAACAACCACAUGCACCAAAUAAUAAAAAUGUUUAAAGUAUAGCAAGGUAAAAAGAGCUGCAUAAAUUAAAUACUCAUACGAAAACAGAUCUUGAAUAUCAAGGUGUUCAUAUUUUAAGUAUAGAAAGGUAAACAAGCUGCAUAGGUUUAAUUCAUACCAAAAUAGGUCCUGAGGCUGCUUUCACUACACGUGAUCCUGCAUAAGCACUGCAAAUUCCGCAUAAGCAGUGUUUAUAAAUUAUGUAUAAGAGGAUUCUGAGGAUGGUUUUACUACACCAGUGUUUAGCACUGCAAAUCCAAUAGGUUGUUCUUAUAUGUUAGCUACCAAAACUAGAAAUUACAGGAGUUUAAUUUUUGAAUGAUCAUUGUUAAAAAAAAAAGAUAGAAGGGGUGGAGGAACAACUUCAGAAGCAUUGCUGAAGGGUCGAUGGAGAAAUCCGUCGAUCGAUUAAACGGUCAGCUGAAGGAUGGAUGGAUUCUGAUACCUUAGAGAUGAGGGACCAGUCAGACAAUGACAUAUUGAUACUUUCUGGUGACUUUGCAGGACAAUAUAGGAGAUUUGAAAUCGAACGAAGAGGAUUAGAUGUGUGCUUGAUUACGCCGGUGAAGCUACUUCCGUUGGUGGCCGAAGGGAGAGAGUGUAGCAGCACCGUAGAGACAUCGACGAUUGAGAGACGCGGAGUAACACAUCUCCCUCCUCCAUCUCCGGCUUGAAAUCACCGAAUCCAACUUUCUGUUUUAGUGGAAUUUAGGGAUUUGAGUUAGAGUUUAGGUAUGGAUGAUUUUUGAAAUAGAAGGUUUGAUAAG